UCCAUCUUUCACUUUCACUAUCAGUCUAUCACACAUCGUCGAAACCCUAAGAUGUCACUACCGACAUCGAACCCAGAGUCAAUACAGGAGUCUCAAAAUAAUCCUGUUAGCCUUGAGUCAGUUGGUAAUGAAGAAGGCAUUGCCUCAGAGGUUGCAGGAACAAAGACUAUAGAUGCUAACAAGGAUAAUAUGGAUAAGAAAACACGAUCUGAGGUUUGGGAACACUUUCUAAAGCCUUUCAGAAACGCAGCAGGAAAGCUUAGGACAAGAUGUAACUACUGCAAUAAUGAAUUAGGAGCUGAAACAUCUGCAGGAACAAGCUCAUUGAGACACCACGUUUCAGUAUGCAAAAAGUAUUCUCGUCCUAUUGGCCCCAAUCAAUUCGAAUUGUGCCUUCAAAGAUCUGAAGGGGGGAAUGAAGAAGUGACUUCAUGGAGGUUUGAUCAAAGAAAGAUUACAAAGGCACUUGCACGCAUGGUUAUUGUGGAUGAGUACCAGAAGAACAAUCAAACCAGUAACCACACGAUCAUGAAAAAAAUUGAAUUCAAUUCUUCAUCAACUGACCUCCCCAAAUUAGUAGGUUUUGAGUCACUUCCGUUCUUGUGGAUCCGCCUGAAUAUCAAGCUUAAUACGCCAGCAGAUCCAUCUACACAACAUUGA